AUGACAACAGUGAAAUUGAUUGAGAAGUUAAUGAAAACAUACUAUUUCAUCAAAAAUAAAAUUAAUCGUGCAACGUGCAAGUGAAUAUUAACGUGCUCUAUUUUAUACGUGCCAAAAAUAUAUAAAAAAUCUAUGGAAAGGAGAAGUUACUUCAAAACAGCAUAUGAUUCAAGAACAAGGAGAUUACGCUUUAGAUAAACAUUUUAUCAACAUCAUAGACGCCAGUAAUAAUGAGGAGACGACUGCAUCAAAUAUAUUAAAGUCAAAAUCUUUCGAACUGAUUCAUAGUGAGAACUCGUCACAGUCUGCGAGAAAGUGUUCUAAACGAAUACCAAACACAUCUUCUCAGGAGCAUUACCGACAGGAGAGAGAAAUGACAUCGAUCGUCGGCACUUACCAACAUGAAAGCAAUGAAAAUCUCGACGAAUAUUUCAAAGCUGUGGGUGUACCAUACAUUCCACGAAAACUGAUGUGUAUGUCCAAUCCGCGACUGGAAAUAUCGAACGAUGAUGAUAAAUGGACCAUUCGUACCAUUACAAUGAUUCGUGUAGCAGAAGUGACGUUUACUCUCGGUGAAGAAUAUGAAGAAUACAUGCCUACAGGAGUUAUACUGAAAAAUGUGACUACAUUGGAAGGAGAUAAUCUAGUGACAGUUUCAGUCGGUCCAAAUAACACUAAAGUACUACGAAAGUACGAAAUUACAAAAGAUGGUGUAGUUUUGAUAAUGACUCAUGAAAAGAGUGGCCAAAUAGGAAAACGCUAUUUUAAACGUCUUUAAUAAAUUUUAGUGCAAAAAUAUUUCUAUAUUUUAUUUGAUAUAUAUUAACUUAUUAUUAAUAAUUAAUUUUUUACUUGCAUUUUAUGCAUAUAUAUUACAUAUAUAUACAACGAUAACUAGUUGACGAUAAUAUAAUUUGAAAGCAUAUUUUAAACAAAGAAAAAUUGAAACAUAACUUGCAUAGAAAAUGCUAAUAGUGACUAGAAGAAAAAAGUCACGGAUCAAUCAUAAAUGUUUCUCCCGUCAUUUAUGGCAUGCGCCCCACCUACUUUUGCUGAAUGUCACGUGUUGCAUAAUAUAAAAAAAGCAUGGAUAAAUAAAAAUUAUAAUAUUAAAUUAAAAAUAAAGAAUUAAAAUCUCUAGUA